ACCCGCACCCUGGAUAUUUAAGUCAACGUAAGAGCGUGGACUUGUUUGCCUCGAUUCCUCUAAUCCUCCUCGUGUGCAUCUCGGCCGGCGUGUCCAUCUUGGCCUGUGCCUACCCGCUGGACAUGGAGGACGAUGUGCAGUACGCCGAACUCAAGUUCAACAUGCCAGAGGAGAAACCUAAGCAGAAGCUCCCUGAAAAGAAAGCAGAAGAUUCAUCCAGUUCAUCUCCUCGGUGGUUUCUGGCGGCUAUAAUGCUGGGGAUUUUCUCCUUCGCAUUGUUGGGGGCAAUGGUGGUCCUGGGCUUGAAGAUCAUCCACGCACGUGGUCUCAGGGAUCGACAGGUUGAAAACUACACCCACCUAGAGGGGAAGACAGCCCGAUUCACAGACCAGAAGGACGUAGCUGGAGCCUCUCCCCAGGACUGGCAAGAAGUGGAAAAUCUCCGCAGGAAGUUGGAAAAUAUAACCGAAGAGCACAGAGCGCUCCUUCUUCAGAACGAGCAACUCCGGGAGGCUCUGAAGAAAGCGAAAAAUUAUACAGGCCCUUGCCCACAGGACUGGUUCUGGCACGGAGAGAGUUGCUACAUUUUCUCCUCUCACUUCAAAAACUGGAAAAUGAGCCAAGAGAACUGCGCAUCCCAGGGCUCUCAGCUGCUCAAGGUGGACGACCAGGACGAGCUGGAGUUCGUCUACCGAGCCGUGGCCCACUCCAGAAAUCCAUUCUGGCUAGGCCUGAGGCGGUCGGAUGCCAGGUCCCGCUGGGUCUGGGAGGAUGGUUCAACGCCCUUCGUAGGCCUGCUCCAGGCAUGGAGGUACCUUUCCCAUACCUACUCCUCGGGCACCUGUGGAUGCAUUUUCCAGGGCAACAUCAUUGCCGAAAGCUGCAUCAUCACUGCCUCUAGCAUCUGCGAGAGGAAGGCAAAUCUGCUGAAACUAGACCCAGGAGAGGAGAAAGGACCAAGAUGGCCGGAUCAAAGUCAGAUCAGACUUGGGCCAAUUUCCGUGGGAACCUGAGCUGUCCUGGAGCGGGGACCCAAGAACCGAGGGCCGAGUCAGGCUCUCCUCCUUCCCUUCUUUCUUCCGACAAACACCCAGUCGUCGUAGUUCUUAGGCGUUUCGAUCAACCCAUCAAUCAAUCAUAUUUAUUGAGCACUUAGUGCGUGCAGAGCCCUGAACCAAGCACUUGGGGGAAUGCAAUAUGACAAUACAACAGUCGCAUUCCCUGCCCGCAAUAAACCUACAGUCUAGAGGGGGAGACGGGCAUUAGUAUAAAUGAAUGAAUUACAGAUAGGAUCCUGGUCUCCUCCUCUCCUGUCUCACCCGUGGACCUCGGCCUCAUCCGCUAGAAUGGCUCACGGUGUCUAAAUGGGUCGGGGACGAAGGGAUUGCUCAGGGAGAGGCCGGAGGGAUCCCGUUGUCCCAUUUCAUUUUCAGCUGGGAACGUUUUAUCCCUGGACUCGAGCUCUAAACCACAGCCAUGGUCUCUGCCCGGGGUCUCGUGUGGGAGGAGCAGGCUGAGGGUCUGGACGGCUACGUCUGAUCAGGUGCCCCCCGGCUCAGUGACGACCCCCGAACUGCUGCCGAACCUUGCCUCCUAAGCUCCUUUUCCUCCCUGCUGCAGGUCCCCUUCGUCUCUCG